AUGGCAAAUACGAUUCAAGGACUACUUGCUUCCAAGUCUGGCGACCAGUCAGUGCAGUAUAUCAGCACCGUGGACGCGUAUAACAAGUGGGCAGAGGUCUACGACACAGAUGGCAACUUCCUACAAACCCUCGACACGCUCCAGAUGCGCCAGAUUCUCCCUAUGUUCCUUGCUCUGGCAGCAGCUCGAACCCAACAAGAACAAGCACAACCCAUCAAACUGGUCGAUCUAGGCUGCGGGACAGGCCGAAAUACACUGCAGCUCGUAGCCCAUGCGCCUCGACCGGCUCAUAUCAUCGGGUUGGAUGCCUCGCCGGGGAUGUUGAACGUGGCCCGCUCGGUGAUCAGGCAUGCCCUCCCAUCAGAAGAAGAUGGCAAUAGCGAUCUUCUUCAAUCGUGUACCGUCGACUUUGAAGUGCUAGAUCUUCUGCAAACGCCCCUCACACCGCCGCCCUCCAGCCUACACGCCGCCGGGGUGAUUUCGACGCUGGUCCUCGAGCAUAUCCCCGCCAGGACGUUCUUCGAGGGGGCAGCCGCCUUGCUCCGUCCUGGUGGGUUCCUGCUCGUCACCAACAUGCACGCGGAAAUGGGGUCGAUCAGCCAGGCUGGGUUUGUAGACCCGGAGACGGGCACCAAGAUCCGCCCAACGAGUUACCGAUACACGGUGCAGGAUGUGCUGCAGGUGGCGGAGGAGUGUGGGUUCCAGCUGGAACGGCUGGGCGGGCAGACCGUCAGAGAAGUGGAAGUCGAUGCCGGGUUGGCGGAGGUGCUGGGCAAGAGGGCCCAGAAGUGGAUCGGAGUGAAGGUGUGGUUUGGGGGGUGUUUUAGUAGGAAGCAGUGA